AGUUUUCAAAAAAGAAAAAAAAACUGUCACAGUUAUUAGCCAAUCAUGUAAUGGAUGGAGACAUCUUAUGUCAGAUAACCAAUAAAUUUUUUUUAAUUUCAAAUGAGCCAAUUAUGUUGCGUGAUUGUGAAGCAGCUAACUUCUCGCGUUCUCUAAACGAAUCAGAGAUAUCGAUUUUAAUAUAGAACAUCUACAAUGUUCAUUCCCUAAUUUCUUUUUUACGUCGCAUUAUGGUAUAGUAAAAAAAUCGAUCACUAUUAGAGCAUUUUUCACACGCACUGAAAGUAUUUAUUGAUAAUUACAAAAAUCAGUGAUAAUUAUUAAUAUUUAAUUGAUUUUAAAUAAAAUACAUUGUUUAUCUAUCAUGAGUCUUAACAAAAAAGAAUCAAUCGUUUUGGAACAAGAUGUUGAUAGUAUUAAUAUAAUUAUGGCUCCUACACGAAAAUAUCGUUAUAUACAGUUAGAAGAAAUUGACUCAUGGAAUAAACAGCUUAAAUAUCAUUGUUUGAACGAAAAAGAAUUACAAGCUCUUUCAAAAAAAUUUGAACUUCUUCAUGAUCAAAUGUUUGAAGGAAAUAUAAUUGAUGCAAUCAAUAUUCUAGCCAACUUGGGCUAUCGUGUUAUUAGUGUAACGAGUACGUUUGAUUUAGUUAAUAGGACUUAUCUGUUGGAAAAACCUAUCUAAAGUUCUUCAAAUUGACCAACAGCUCAAGUCAUUGUUUAAUAAGUUUCCAAACAGCCAACAGUUAUAAUAAAAUACGAAAAUUUCUAUUGUCAAUUCGUAUGUAUUUUACCAAGAAAAAAAGAAAAACAUUUAAAAACAUGUCGACAAAUGUACUUUGAUAAUAAAAAUAUCUAAAUAUUAA